AUGUUGCGAAGAUACGCCCUCGGCUUCUCGGCCGGUGCCGCUAGACCCCUCGGAACCAUGUCGUCCGCCACGCCCGUCGAGGACGCCAUCCGUUCCAAGGUGACCGCUGCCUUCUCCCCCACUACCCUCGAAAUCUACAACGACUCCCACCUCCACAGCCACCAUAAGGCCAUGGCUGGCAGCACCUCCAAGGAAACCCACUUCAGACUUGUUAUCACUUCGGAGUCUUUUAGAUCAAAGAUGCAAUCCGCCCGCCACCGUAUGGUCUACGCCCUCCUCCGCGAGGAGAUGGCCCGCGAGGGCGGCAUCCACGCCCUUCAGCUCAAGACCCUCACCCCCGAGGAGGAGGAGCGACAAAAUGCCAAGAAGGCGGCCGAGGCCCAGUCCUCUGAAGACUCGGCUUGA